UCCGCUUUCGCAACCCCCGCCAGUGCACAUAAAAAGGCUAUCCCGCUACUGAAGCCAAGUAAUGUGAGGAUUGCCAUCGCCUUUUGAGAAUAAGGCCUAAGUUGACAGUUACUCUCCAGCAUGGAAUCUCGGCUUCCAUCCAAAUUGGAAUCAUUGUCGACAGCUAAGAGCGACCAAGUAGUCUCUUCAAAAAGCAACUGGGUUGUACAAAAGUUUGGAGGUACCAGCGUGGGCAAGUUCGCCCUUAAUAUCAUUGAUCAAGUUGUUCUACCCAGCCUUUUAGACCACAGUGUGGCAAUAGUCUGCUCUGCAAGAAGUAGCUCUACAAAAGCUGAAGGUACUACCAAUCGGCUAUUACGCGCAGCACGGGAUGCAGAGAAUGCAGAAUCUAAAAACUACGUCACCUUUGUGGAGGCGGUCCGUCUGGAACAUGUCGAAGUAGUCGAGAGUCAAAUUAGUUCCAAGGAACUAAGGCUUCAAUUGGUUUCCGAGAUUAAUGAUGAAUGUGAAAAGGUUCUGAAGGUCUUGGAGGCUGCUCAGACGCUCGGGGAGAUCAGUGCCCGCUGCGUGGAUAAAGUCAUGAGUACGGGAGAGAAGCUUAGUUGUCGACUUAUGGCAGCUUUCCUCCAGGACCGGGGAGUAGAUUCGGAAUAUGUUGAUUUGGCCGAGAUCGUCGACUUCACUAUAUCAAGCCAGGGUCUCGACCAGGAGUUCUACAACAACCUCGCCAGCACUCUCGGUAAGAAAAUUCAAGCUUGUGAGGGCAGAGUUCCGGUUGUAACUGGGUUCUUUGGGACUAUACCAGGCGGCCUUCUUGAUCAAAUAGGGCGGGGAUAUACAGAUCUUUGCGCCGCUCUAGUCGCCGUUGGGAUUUGUGCCAAAGAACUACAGGUAUGGAAGGAAGUCGACGGAAUCUUCACAGCAGAUCCCCGCAAAGUGCCAACCGCGCGUAUUCUUCCGGCAAUUACACCUGCAGAGGCCGCUGAGCUGACGUUUUAUGGCUCAGAGGUCAUCCAUCCUUUCACCAUGGAACAAGUCAUUCGCGCGAAAAUUCCCAUUCGCAUAAAGAAUGUCAUGAACCCGAAAGGAAAUGGCACUAUCAUUUUCCCUGAUUCUACUUAUGAAUUGGAAAAGACAGCCCCAGGGCAUGACCCCAGAUUGUUCCGUACACGCAGUCCAAGUCUGAUGCAGACGCCAAAGCGUCCUACCGCUGUAACUAUCAAGCACAAGAUUCUCGUGAUCAAUGUCCACUCCAACAAACGCUCCCUGUCGCAUGGGUUCUUUGCUGGCAUCUUCUCUGUCCUUGACCGAUGGAGGCUCUCAAUCGAUCUGAUAUCCACCAGUGAAGUGCAUGUGUCCAUGGCCCUCCAUUCUGAAUCGCCUCUUCUCAACGGAGUUGGCAGGGAUGAAUAUCAAAUCAUUGACGAGGACUUGAAGGGUGCGUUACGCGACCUACAGAAAUAUGGGACGGUCGAUAUAAUCCCAGAGAUGGCUAUUUUGAGCCUUGUUGGUAAACAAAUGAAGAACAUGAUUGGUGUUGCCGGGCGGAUGUUCACAACCCUUGGAGAGAAUAAUGUGAACAUUGAAAUGAUCUCCCAAGGUGCAAGCGAAAUCAAUAUAUCAUGCGUCAUUGAAGAGAGAGACGCAGACCGUGCCCUGAACAUUAUCCAUACGAGCAUGUUCACCUUUCUAGACUAAACGCCCUUCUUUCCCCCUUCGCCUCCUUCUCCUUGCUUCCCCCCUUUUUCUCUUCUCGUAGGGGUUUCUGCACAAUGCCAGAGAGGGUUUCUGGAUACCCAUGGCAAGUCUAUUCGAUAUGACGAAAAGUUCCAUGUCUUAUGUGAUUAUGUGAAAGUUGUAACGCUGGAGUUGUCUGAUUGAGUCUGACUAGAGCCCAACUUCCUCUCUUUUUUUCCCGAAUCCAUGUGUGAUAUGGAUUUCCACGCUUAGUUCCCCUGCACUGACGUCUUUUUUGU